UAUUGCUUCCGCUUCAAGGAGUGGAGCUUUGGGCUUGGGUAAACAUUCUGCCUGGAGAUACAAUGGAUCUAGUAGUGGCCAUAGCAAUAGGGGUUCUGGCUGUCUUUAUUGGAGCUGUCAUUUUCCUGGUGGUUUUAUUUGUGAGGUUCAAGUGUAAGAAGGAAGACUUGAUUUCCCAGCAGCACAAGGAGUGUAGGCCUGAAGCUCAGUUAAUCACAGAGUCUCAAGAUGGUCUCAACCUUCCGCCUGGCAUGGACGUGGAGCUCGGAGAUGUGAACCUCUCUAACCCCCGGCUGGAACAGCUCCUCAACAAUGAGCAGUGGGUUGACGAUGCAAGUGGGCUGGUCCCUCACUGUCUGUCCAUCCUGAAGACUUGCCACCACUUAACGGAGCAAUUGGUUGGCAUGACCAUGAAGAAUGCGGCACAUAUUCGUAACCAAGGAACACUGGGAGAGAUUGUGAUGGCCGCCAAGAGAAUAAAUCCAAGAGUGGAUGAGGUGGUCCAGUCUCUGUGCCACCCUCUUGAUCCGAGGUUGUUGGAAGCAAGGUUCACAGCAUUGGUUCUGUCUGUGAGUCACCUUGUCAUGGUCACGAAGAAUGCCUGCCAGAUGCCAGGUUCCUUGGACUGGAUUGACAGGAGUUUGGCUGAAGUUGAAGACACUUUAAAGAUUCUGCGUGAAGUCAGCACCAACAUUGAGGCCAAUGCUCAGGCACAGGCCCAACAGGCAUCACAAACGACAUCACAGAGCAUCACAGUCGCCAUUGAACAUCCUCAUCAGCUGGAAGCAUCCGGACUCGGAUUCGUCGUCCCACGCCCGGACAACUCCCUGGCAUAGAAAGGUAGCAUCAUGAAUCCUGCUGCAGUUUUGGAUUCAAAGUUGGUUUAAGUGGGUACCCAGCAGCUGAUUUUGGUCUUGAUCCUAAUGAUUAUUGUUGGUGCUGGCUGCGGAGUGGCCUCGUAUCUCUGUAUUACAUUACAUCCUCCUCUCCACACAAUCACAAUCACAAAUGUUUUAUGUUUGGGGGAAACCAUACAUUAUCAUGGGGGUCUUAUCCAAUGGUGUGGUAGACAUAGCCAGUCACCUGAAAAUAGAUUUCACAGAAAGUAAAGUCAGAAAGUUGCCUGUCCUUUCUGGGAAUUCACAUUCUGAGUAUACCAAUUUCAGACGGGAAUUUUCUGCUGUCCGGCAAUAUGCUGUUCAAAGGAGACUUUCGGAAUUUUCCACCCAAACUCUUGUUCCAUUUGAAGUGAAAAAAGAAGCAGUUUUGACAACUGAUGUUUUCUUUGACUCAUUCCAUGUUUCAGGUCAUUGUUUCAUCUUUGUUUACUCUUUUAUAAACUUCAGUGCAAUGAAACAUUGUUUAAAAAAUGUGAUUUAGCAAGUUUGACAAAUUACGCAUUGAGAAUUUGGCUGUGCAAUAACACAAGGUUUUUCACUGUUGAGUUGUUGAAUUUACAGGGAUGGAACAGGAAAAGAUCUUCUGGAGGAAAUAUUGCAAAACUAUUGUCACAUAAUGAUUUGUCAUAAGAUUGAAAUUUUUUCCCUUCUUUUUUGUUUUGUUGUUGUUGCCUACUUGUUAGUGCAUUUACCAUCUGUUAUAUAAUUUCAUUUUCUGUUUUUCCUCGCAAAUUGUCAUCUUGUCCUUGUCUCUCACUUACAAUAUUAUUGAAGCACAAUACAUUUACAAUGACCACAAAGUGGUUUAAAAGUAGAGAACUGAUAUGAGCCAUUCAAAUCAUGAAGGGGUUAAAUGAAAAAAAUGAAUUAGUUUGGUUCAAUGCUUAUAAUACUAUAAGAUGCCUUCCAUUGCAGCAUUUUCUUUCUGGCUGAUUUUGGUAAAAUCGCCCAUUGGUCUAAGUCAUAUAUUACUUGCACAUCUAAAACGUAUAAAAUAGUAGUAAAAGGAUGUUAUCAGGUGUAUUUAUGUUGGGUUUUUUUCUAUGGAAUUUCUUAAAGUAUACUGGAGCCCAGAUUGGUCCUGACAGGCUGGAUAGAAGCCGCCAGGCCCCUCAUAGAGUUAAGCCUGCCUUUGCAGGCACCUGUCCUCAGCGGUCAUCUGUGUGAACGGCCACUGUUGCAUGACACUCUUUCAUUUUUCCUGUAUUCCUUUUUCCCUAACUUGUCCAAUAUGGCCAUGAUCAGCCAUUUUCGUGACAAAUCAGGCUUGAUACUUGUUUGUCGUGACUUGCUUUGAAAGUUUUCUACCAACCUGUCAGACUGAGUGUGUACGUUCAGUUAACACAAAGAAGCUUUUAUGAUAGAUAAUAUAACAAUUUUUACGCAAAUGAAUAGAAACGAUAAGAGAUAAAGAGUUUUAAGCCAUCUGUUGAUCUUGUCAAGUCUUGUAAGUGUCCAUAACUCAGACCCUAUCCUUGUUGCGGUCACUUGUCUAUAAUGGUCCUUUUUCUCCUUGUGAUCUUCAGUGACCAUUAUGGACAGGUUCGACCGUGUGGUGAUAUGUGUUGAUGGGGACUGUAAAAAACAUACACAGUGGAGUAUUUGGUCACGGUUCCAAGAAAUUAUAUUAUAUGCCAUUCAAUAUCGUGUACUUAAUGUUUUUCCCCCCUUCAUGGUAAAAGUUUUUGCCUGAUUUUUUUCUGUGAAGACUAAUCUUGUUGGCCUUGCUUGACAUGAUGUCAAUUUUGUCAUUCGAAGAAAAACUCGCUCAUUUCAGUAGUUUAUGAGUGCUUACUUAGCUCGAUUGUUAUACUGGACUACUGUGUGAAUGACCCUGGUUUGAAUCCACAAUGAUGCCUUCGUCGUUAUCUUUGUUUGGGGAGUUUCGAAGCUCUCCAAACCCUUAUCUCUUAAAUAACCUUAUAGUGUUUGAAAGGAGCAUCAAACCCACGCCAUGCUUAUCAGUGGUGCAUACAUAAUUUCUUUUAACAAUAAAUAAACAUGUUCUUUUUACUGAAAGUAAGAGAUGCAGUAGCAAUGCAAUAAAAGAUUAGUUUUGUUGAAAUUCUAACCUAGACAAAGUCAAAUGAGCUAUGUGGUGUGAUGAGCUAUGUGGUGUGCAGGACUGUAAAACAGGUUGUUGCCUCGUCUGUAUGAGCAUUUGUUAAUGAGUAGGUCUAUACAUUUAUUAGAAUUUCAUUGUGAUUCACCUUGGCUAUUUGUAGGUUUAACACAAUGAAGCCUGUGUUUUGAAAUAAGUUUUAAAUAAGUAUGGAAAGACGUAGAUUACCUUUUGAGCAAGGCAUGUUUUUGCUCAGCCUGUGUCCAUACAGGGACUGGUGUUGGCGACAAAUGUUUUUCUGACUGGGUAUUUUCUAAAGAAAUGCAUUUAUAUAGAGAUGUCAUGCAUGGUGAGAAAAUAUGUGUUACGACGCGGUGGAAUCAGGCGCUUGUCAGUUUUUGGGCAUGUGGAGUUAUUGGUAUCAUCUGAAAGCUGGUAAUUUGCCUUGCUUCAAAUGAAAUAAACAUCCAUUUUUCUUGAAUAGAAAUCAAGAUAUUUGCAAUUGAAGGUAGUGAUGUCGCCUGGUGUAAGUGGUGAAAUUAGCAAGAAAAUGGCUGCCAAAGUUUUGUAACUCCAAUAGAUAAAGAGAUUUUGAAAA